AUGCCGCCGCCCCCUCUGCUCUUCCUCCUCCUCCUCCUCCUCCUCGUCUCCUCCUCCCGCGGCGCCGUCCACGUCAACCUCACCGAAGGCUGCCAGAUCAUCCACCCGCCGCGGGACGGGGGGAUCCGGUACCGGGGGCUGACGCCGGACGAGGUUCGGAGCGUGCGGUUCCUGCCCUUCGACUACGAGAUCGAGUACGUCUGCCGGCCCGAGCGCGAGAUCGUGGGGCCCAAGGUGCGCAAGUGCCAGCGCGACGGCACCUGGACGGCCAUGGGCCACCCCAGCCGCUGCCGUGAGUGCCACCGGGGCGUCACCGGGGGGGCGUCCCUUUGUCGUUGGUCCUUGUCGUCUCCCC